AGCUGCAACCGCGGCCAAUAGGCAUGAGACUUCUUGUUUCCUGGCAGAGCGGGGUCCCGGCACCGAGGAGCUCGGGUUUUGUUUGGGUCCCGGGUGGAGGGCCCGGGUGCCGGGGCCCGAGGUGCCGCCUCGCUAGCGGGAAAGGGAGCGGGACCACCGGCCCGGAGAGAGCUCUCAGGGCCAGCGUGGAGCGGGAGGAUGCUUUCCCAGCCCCACCAUGGAGCUGCGCUGUGGAGGAUUGCUGUUCAGUUCGCGCUUUGAUUCGGGGAACCUAGCCCAUGUGGAGAAGGUGGAAUCUGUGUCUAGUGAUGGGGAAGGGAUAGGAGGUGGGGCAUCAGCCCCUACUGGUGGCAUUGCCUCGUCCCCUGACUAUGAAUUCAACGUGUGGACGCGACCAGACUGUGCUGAAACAGAAUUUGAGAAUGGGAACAGGUCAUGGUUCUACUUCAGUGUCCGGGGAGGAACUCCAGGAAAACUCAUCAAGAUCAACAUUAUGAACAUGAACAAGCAAAGCAAGCUGUAUUCCCAGGGCAUGGCCCCCUUCGUGCGCACACUGCCGACCCGGCCACGGUGGGAACGCAUUCGAGACCGGCCUACCUUUGAAAUGACAGAGACACAGUUUGUGUUAUCCUUUGUUCACCGUUUUGUGGAGGGCCGUGGGGCCACCACCUUCUUCGCCUUCUGCUACCCCUUCUCCUACAGUGACUGCCAGGAUUUGCUAAACCAGCUAGACCAGCGCUUUCCGGAGAACCACCCUACCCACAGCAGUCCCCUAGAUACCAUCUAUUACCACCGGGAGCUCCUUUGCUAUUCUCUGGAUGGACUUCGUGUGGAUCUGCUAACAAUUACUUCCUGCCAUGGGCUUCGAGAAGAUCGAGAGCCCCGUCUAGAGCAGCUAUUUCCUGACACCAGCACCCCCCGACCAUUCCGUUUCACAGGCAAGAGGAUAUUCUUCUUAAGCAGUAGGGUACACCCUGGGGAGACUCCAUCUAGCUUCGUCUUCAAUGGCUUUCUGGACUUCAUCCUUCGACCUGAUGACCCACGGGCCCAAACCCUACGUCGCCUCUUUGUCUUUAAGCUGAUUCCCAUGUUGAACCCUGAUGGUGUGGUCCGGGGCCACUACCGCACGGACUCACGUGGAGUGAAUCUGAACCGUCAGUACUUGAAGCCUGAUGCCGUCCUGCACCCAGCCAUCUAUGGGGCUAAAGCUGUGCUUCUCUACCACCAUGUGCAUUCUCGUCUGAACUCCCAGAGUCCCUCUGAGCACCACCUCAGUCCCCAUAUCCCUUGUGAUGGUCCUCUUUCUGACCUUGAGAAAGCCAACAAUCUCCAAAAUGAAACUCACCAUGGGUGCUUAUCUGAUGGGGAUAACCCUGAGGCUUGGACCCAGACAGAGCCAGCAGAACAGAAGCCCAGCAGUAUGUGGAUUAUGCCACAACAGUCUACUGAACUUGAGGGGCCAGCCCCUGAUACCAUUCCCCCCAAAGAGAGUGGGGUUGCUUACUAUGUGGACCUGCAUGGACAUGCUUCCAAAAGGGGCUGCUUCAUGUAUGGAAACAGCUUUAGUGAUGAGAACACCCAGGUGGAAAACAUGCUAUAUCCAAAGCUCAUCUCCUUGAACUCAGCCCACUUCGACUUCCAGGGCUGUAAUUUCUCAGAGAAGAACAUGUAUGCCCGAGACCGUAGAGAUGGCCAGUCUAAAGAGGGAAGCGGCCGUGUUGCAAUCUACAAAGCCUCAGGGAUAAUUCACAGCUACACACUUGAAUGCAACUACAACACUGGACGCUCAGUAAACAGCAUCCCUGCUGCCUGCCAUGACAAUGGGCGUGCCAGCCCUCCUCCCCCGCCGGCUUUCCCCUCCAGAUACACUGUGGAACUAUUUGAGCAGCAGCCUAGACUGGAGGACCAAGAUGCUGAGCCAGACUGGACUUCCCCACAGGUGGGACGAGCUAUGGCCAUCGCAGCUCUGGACAUGGCAGAUUGUAAUCCAUGGCCUCGGAUUGUGCUGUCAGAGCACAGCAGCCUCACUAACCUGCGGGCCUGGAUGCUAAAACAUGUGCGCAACAGCCGAGGCCUAAGCAGCACUAUGAAUGUGGGUGUCAACAAGAAGAGGGGCUCUCGAACUCCACCCAAAAGUCACAAUGGAUUGCCUGUUUCCUGCUCUGAAAAUACCUUGAGCCGGGCACGAAGUUUUAGCACUGGCACAAGUGCUGGUGGUAGCAGCAGCAGCCAACAAAAUUCUCCACAGAUGAAGAACUCCCCCAGCUUUCCUUUUCAUGGCAGUCGGCCUGCAGGGCUGCCAGGCCUGGGCUCUAGCACCCAAAAGGUCAACCAUCAGGUGCUGGGCCCUGUCAGAGUUACUUCAGAAGAGGAAUGCUGGUCUGAUGACAAGCUUGAAAACAGGUACCUUCUCAGCAAGGGGAGCCAGUGGGUCAGUGAAUGCUUUCUCAGUGCCCCACUUAUUUGCCUUUUUAUCUGCUUGUAUCCCUUCCACUCAGAGCCCCGAAGCCAGGACAGGAGACGACGGCAACAGCCACUGAACCAUCACCCUACUGCAAGCAGCCUGGCCCCAUCCCCAGGUCCUGCUAGUUCUGGCCCAGCCCCCUCACGCAGCCUGGGCUCCUGCCUACUCCCCAAUCCACUCAGCUUAUCAGGGAGCAGCCGCUCACUCUUGUCCUCAGGGGACAAGCCAGAGGCUGUCAUGGUGAUUGGGAAAGGUCUGCUAGGGACUGGAGCUCGAAUCCCCUGCAUCAGGACUCGAUUGCAGGCUAGGCCCAGGUUGGGCCGGGGCUCACCGCCGACUUGCAGAGGGAUGAGAGGCUCUUCAGGCCCCACAUCCCCUACCCCCCGGACCAGGGAGAGCAGUGAGCCGGAGCCGGGACCCCGCUCUGCUACACCAGGGCUGCCUCAGGCCAGGCCCCCACGGCCCCGCUCUGCCCCUGCCUUUUCUCCUAUUUCCUGUAGUCUGUCUGACUCCCCAUCCCGGAUUUGUUACAGUGGGGGGCCCUUGGGCCAACCUGAGGUUUGUUUUGUCCCUAAAUCUCCCCUACUGACUGUUUCUCCCCGGGUCUGAUAAUGCCUUUACAUUCAUGCCCAGGAUAUAGCCCUAAGAUGGGGAAACACAGUGAGAAAUAUGCCAGUCCCCUCCCUCAGCUGCUGAUUCCAUGUGACAACCAUAACUCCUUGGAAUGUCAGCCACACUGUCUGAGGCAUUGCAGAGCAUCACCUUGAGACAGGACAAAACAGGAACCUGCCACCCCUUCCCUCCCUCCACAGCACAAGAUUUUGGGACCACAAAAAAGUAUUAUCUAUAUUUUUGUAUUGGGGGGAGGGAGUAGAAAAGAAAUCAGCCCCUAUGCUGGGCCCUAUUCAGUGGCAGCUUCUUGUUCCAUAGGGUUCAAGAAGACUUUGAGGAAAUAAAAGUUGUUUGGAAAAA